AUGGCGAAGUUCAGCGUGUUGCUGAUUCUACUCUGCGUGUCAGGUGCUUCAGCUUCAACUUGUGCUAAAUCACCAUCACUCUUCAUCACUACACCACGGAAGAUGGAAGCACUGACCGGAUCAUGUUUACACAUCCCAUGUACCUUCAGCGUCAAAGAGGGUGACACAUUCAACAGCUCAAUAACCAGCUUUGGAGUGUGGUUGAAAACUCAUUCUCAAUUUGGUGAGAAUCCCAGCAAUGUCAUUUUCAACGGCAGCGUGUCAGUUAACAACUACUCAAUAAGGAUUACUGGAAAACUGACAGAGAAAAACUGCACAACUGUGUUUGGUAGUUUACCAAAGGAUUACACAGAUAAUUACUACUUCAGAGUUGAGAGUGAUCUGUUCAAGGCUACAGCUUCAUGUCAUCCUCUUAACAUAAGAAUCAAAGAUUCUCCUUGGAGUCCCAAUAUCACCAUCUCAGGUGAUCUGAAGGAGAAAGAGCGUGUCACUAUAACCUGCUCAGCUGUCACUCCCUGUCCACACUCCCCUCCUGAACUCACCUGGAAUCUCCAACAAGACUCUCACACACAAACAGAGAAAAACAAAGAUGGAACCUUGAAAACUAAAAUCCAGAAGAUCAUCACUCUGUCAGACACACAUGAUGGAUACACCAUCAGAUGUUCUGCCAGAUAUCCUGUGAAGGAAGGAAAACAGGAAGGAAAACAUUUCAAGACAUCGCAGACAGUAAAGACUCUCAAUGUGUCAUAUGCUCCUAAGAACACCUCAGCAUCCAUCAGUCCAGCAGGUUUGGUGUCAGCAGGUAGCUGGGUGAACCUGACCUGCUCCAGCAGAGCCAAUCCUCCCGUCAGCAGCUUCACCUGGUUCAAGAAAAGAGAACAUGGAGACAUGGAAGUAGCUGAAGGAGACUUUUACAGCCUGAAUGUAACAGAUGGAGGAGUUUAUUACUGUGUGGCCAUGAAUAGGGUGGGGACUCAGAAAUCCCGAGAGAUUUCCCCAAAUGGUGAAGGAAAACAUUUUUCCCACUUGGAAGUUGUUGUUGGAGGGAUCUUAGGGAUCAUCAUUCUCCUGUGUGUGAUUGUUCUUAUAUGGCGGUUAAAGUCAACACGUUCAACUUCUAAUCAGACUGAGAAUGUGGUUCUUCAGGAACCAAACAGCGUUGCUGAAAAUCAAGACAUCCAUUAUGGAGAGGUGAACUUCACCGGGUGGAAACCUCCACCGGACUCGGUUCAGCACAGCUCAGAAGAGCAGAAUGUGGUGUAUGCUCAAGUGAAACCACGCAAAAAUGAAACCGGUGUAACACAGAUUGGUGACGACAUCUAUGCUCAAGUGAAGAAGAAAUGAGUGUAUGUAUCUACCAAAUACUGUAGAAAGAUAGUUAUGUCAGAGAGAGAUGUCUCCUUAUUCCCCUCUUUCUCAUCGAGUUAGUUAUCACUCUGUUCAG